AUAUUGCAUCGUCAUUCGCUAGUCGCUCUCGUCACGCGCUGUACGCAAUAUCUGCCUCAAGCUCUGAGCUGUGAAACGAGAAAAAUGAAUUCCUUCUCUGCAUCUUCCAGUUGUGAUUCGUCCGAUUCAGAUAUUGAAAGCGAAUUCGAAAUAUGCUGCAGACCAGGAGGAUCGUGUUCUAGGGGCACCAGCAGCCUACCCUUCGACCCUACAUCUAUCGAAAACGUGAUUCUAUCCAUCAGCGACAAAUUCAACUUCCGUGUGCUUCUAAACGAUAGUCGAACAAAGAAAGCUGUUAUCGUUACUGCCGGGCUAACGUUAGCCGGAAGUCUGAUCGGGAAGCACUAUGGAGGGAAAGCUGGUGCGGCGGUGGGCGGUGCGAUUGGUGGAGUUUGUGGGCUUGGAGUUGUCGCCGUAUCAAUGCGUGAUAUUUGGCAAGAUAUAAAGGAAAAGCUGUGGGAACUAUUUGAUAUCGUCUACGAUUACCUAGCUGGACUGGGAAUCGAGGAUUACAAAAUGGCUGCCAAGUUCUUGAUGCAAAAUAGUGGACACAGCUCGCAGCUAGCCAUGCUUAUUCUGCAGGUCUCUUCUGAUAUUUUAGGGAAACAAAUAUUAUCCAGCUUAUCCGCUAGUUUAUAAAGAUGGCUUUGAUGUGCUUACUCCUAAAUUUAGUAUAUUUGAAUGACUAAUUUUUACCCGACUGCGGCGCAGCCCAAAGGAGGGUUAUGUGUUUGACCUGUGUGUAUGUUUAACUGAUAUUAGACUAGACAGAACUACAUAUUAGGACUAGGUAGGUACCUAAACUGUAACUUACUUGACUUAUUAUAAUUAACAAAGACGCCUUAUGAAUAUUUUGACUCUGUAUACCAAAAAGAUGUGACUAGGAUAAUAAUUUAUGUUUUAGGAGAUAGGUAUAGAAAAAUGAAUACUAUUUUGUAAUUUUUUGGUUAUUUUAAUUAUUCUGAACAGGUUUCUACAGGCUGAUACUUAAAUAUGUUUCUUGCUUUAUUUUGUAACUAUGUUGUAUUUUUAAAUGUUCUUUCCAAAUAAAUAGGGAGGUAUAAUAGCUUGUUUGUAAAAAUGUUGAAAUAAAAUGUAUUUGUAUUAACAAUAGAUAAUAAUAAUGUGAAAAUAAAGAAAUAAGUUGCGAAUUUAAUA